UGAAACUAUAAAUUUAACAAAAAGUUUCUGAGAAAAGCGAAACAUGAAGAAAAUUAAUUGAAAUUUUGAAGUUGCGAUUUUCGCCAAUUUUUUUUCAGAAGCGGAAUCUUCGUGGCCGAAAACGUGGGUUUCCAUAAAGGAAAAAUAUUUUUCAAAGACGGAGCGGGUGGCUUAUAUCUCCAUCAUCUGAAACCACAUACACACAUACGGGAAUUACGAUUAACAAAAAUUUGCUUCCUGCGCAUGUUGUUUUAUUAUCAUGAUUAUUUGCAGCGCCAAAUAGGUACUAUUCAAGAUACAUUACUUGUAAUGUCUCUCUUGUACUCAUACCAUUGAACAACAGAUUUUGAAAGACCGACUUUUUAAUGGACUCUUUACCAAAAGCAGAUUAUUAUAUAAUAUUUAUGAUUAAAGAAUUAUUUAUCAUCUUUUGAAGACAAGAAGAAAAUGUUCUACUAAAGUUAUAUAUUCGUUUACAUAAAUUUGUGGAUAAUUUAUUUUAAUGAGAGGAGAAAAAUUAUGGAAAUUAAAUUAUAUGAGAAGAAAGCUGGAUUUAAAACACAAUCUAAAGCCAUUGAUUUUCCAGAUGAUAUAAAGAAAAAGGGCAAAGAAACACCUUAUCACUGUGAUAUAUGCGAUAAAUCAUUCUCUGUCAAAUGCCGCCUCAAUAAACACAAACUUACUCAUACAGCGGAGAAACCACAUCGUUGUGAUAUCUGUGGUAAAUCGUUUUCUAAAAGGUGUAAUUUAAUUAUUCACAUACGCAUGCAUACAGGAGAAAAACCGUAUCACUGUAAUAUAUGUGACGAAUCAUUCUCUGCGGAACGCCGCUUCAAUACACACAAAUGUUUCCACCCCGGAUGGCGACCGCAUCAGUGUGAUAUCUGUGGUAAAUCAUUUUCUCUUAAUUGUAAUUUAAUUAUUCACAUACGCAUUCAUACUGGAGAGAAACCAUACCCCUGUGAUGUCUGUGGCAAAUCUUUCUCCGUAGGAAGCAGCUUAAAUAAGCACAAACGUAUUCAUACAGGAGAAAAACCAUUCCGCUGUGAUGUCUGCAGUAAAUCAUUCUCUGGCAGUAGUGACUUAACUCAACAUAAACGCUUUCAUACAGGUGACAAACCAUAUCAAUGUGAUAUUUGUAGUAAAUCAUUCUCGCAAAGUGCACACUUAACUGUACACAGACGUAUUCACACAGGAGAAAAACCUUACCAGUGUGAUAUCUGUGGUAAAUCAUUCUCUGAAAGUAGUCCCUUAACUCAACAUAAACGUGUUCAUACGGGAGAAAAACCAUAUCACUGUGAUAACUGUGACAAAUCCUUCUCUGAAUUACGUAGCUUAACUAGACAUAGACAUAUUCACACAGGGGAAUAACCAUAUUUGUGUGAUA